AUGUUCCUCUAUUCUGGGGUUGGCGAUCAUUUUAGCCAACAUAGAAGACUUGUGGAACGCCGGAACAGAUAUCCGGCCAGGAAGCUCUAUUCUUGUUCCCAGUGCGGGAAAUGUUUCAUGCAGAACUCCCAUUUGAUCAUACACCAGAGGAUUCACACCGGAGAAAAGCCCUUUUCGUGUUCAUACUGCGGAAAAUGCUUCAACGUUAAGUCCCAUCUGGUGACCCAUCAGAGGAUUCACACGGGGGAGAAGCCUUAUUCGUGCUCAGAGUGCGGGAAGUGUUUUUCCAAGAGGUCCAACCUUGUUCGGCACCACAGGCUGCACACAGGGGAGAAGCCUUAUUCUUGUACAGAAUGUGGGGCCUGUUAUACGUGGAAACCGUCCCUACUGCUUCAUCUUAUUCUUCAUGGUACACAGCUUCUGUCUGAUCCCUCUACUAAUAGGGGGAUCUUCCCCCAUCACUCCCAGUUGGUUGCCCAUCCUACAGACCACACACGUGAAAUGCUCUCAUGUUCAGAGUCUAGCGAGCGUUUUCCAGACACCACUGAACUACUGUCAGAGCACGGGGCCCACUCCCAGGAGAAGCCAUACUUUUGCUCCCAGUGCGGGAAAACCUUUGGUAAGAAAGCAAACCUGGCCAGACACCAGAGGAUGCACACGGAUGGGAAGUCCUACUCGUGCUCGGAGUGCGGGAAGUGUUUCUUGCGAAAGUCCAGCUUUGUUGAACAUCAGCGCAUGCACAAAGGGGAGAAAACCUAUUCGUGUUCUGAGUGCGGGAAGUGUUUCCAGUGGAGAUCGACAUUGUUUUACCAUCAGAGAAGACACAAAGGACAGAAACCCAUUGCCAGCUCAGAGGUUGGAGAUGACAUUAACCUGAAACCAAAUCCCUUAAGCCACGACAAACCGCUCACCAUCAAGAAGGAGUUUUCGUGUUUGCAGUGUGGGAAAUCUUUUUUCGAGGAGUCCAAUCUCCUGAAGCACCAGAGGAACCACUCGCAGUCGAAGCCACACUCGUGCCCCCUAUGCAGGAAGGCGUUUUCCAAGAAGUCAAACCUUCUUAGACACCAGAGGUUGCACUCCAAGGAAAAACUCUUCUCCUGCUCUGAAUGCGGGAAGUGUUUUCUCCGGAAAUCGGUCCUUGUUGAGCAUCAGCGCAUGCACACUGGUGAGAAGAAGUACCGGUGCUCUGAAUGCGGGAAGUGUUUCCAAUGGCGGUCAUCCCACUUCUAUCACAUAAGGAAGCAUCGGGGGGUGAUGCCGGUCUCGUGUCCAGAGUGUGGAAAAUGCUUUGCUCAGAAAUCGCAUCUCGCCCAACACCAGAAAAUGCAUGCAGCAGAGAAGCAAUAUUUAAUUUAUAAUAGCUUUGGGACGGAAAGAUAA